CUCUCUCUCUCUCUCUCACUGCGUUAGUGCAAGAAAAUGGCAUUUUCAGGAAAUCACUAUGCCUGUCCAGUGUGUCAGAAUCUCUUAAAUGAUCCUGUAACUAUUCCAUGUGGCCGCAGUUUCUGUAAGGUGUGUAUUAAUGGCUGCUGGGAUGAGGAGGAUGUGACGGGCGUCUACAGCUGCCCCCAGUGUAAUGAGACUUUCACUCCAAGGCCUGUUCUACAAAGAAACAACAUCCUGUCUAAAGUGGUGGAGAAACUGAAAAAGACUGAAAUCCAAGCUGCUGCUCACUGUUCCUCUGGACCUGGAGAUGUGGAGUGUGAUUUCUGCACUGAGACAAAACACAAAGCCGUCAAGUCCUGUCUGGUGUGUCUGGCCUCCUAUUGUGAAGAUCAUCUUAAACCUCACUAUCAGUCUCCUGCCUUUAAGAAGCACAAGUUAGUGGAAACCUGUGCAGAGCUCCAAGAGAAGAUCUGCUCUCAGCAUGGGAAACUGAUCGAGAUCUACUGUCGUACUGACCAAAGCUUCAUCUGUUACUUGUGUACGAUGGAUGAACAUAAAGGCCAUGAGACGGUUGGAGCUAAGGCAACUGAAAACCAGAAUGAGCUAAAGGAGGAGUACAUGAAAUCCCAGCAGAGGAUCCACGAGAAGCAGAAGAAGGUGCAGGAGCUGAAACAGGCUGUGGAUACUAUUAAGGGGCGUUCACAGGCAGCAGUAGAUGAGAGUGAGAUAAUCUUUACUGAGCUGAUCAGCUCCAUGGAGAAAAAGCGCUCGGAGGUGACGGAGCUGAUAAGAGCUCAGGAGAAAAAUGAACUGAGUCGAGCUGAACGACUCCUGAAGCAACUGGAGCAGGAGAUUGCUGAACUUAAGAGGAGAGUCACUGAGCUGGAGCAGCUUUCACACACACACGAUCACAUCCACUUCCUCCAGAGUUUCCCGUCUCUCUGUGUUUCUCCUGGAUGUGAGGACUCAUCCAGCUUCACUGUCAAUCAACAUCUCACAUUUGAUGAAGUGAGGAAAUCUCUCUCAGAUCUGAAGGAACAAGUCAAGGAAAUCUGUGAGGAGAAAUUCAACAAAAUCCGUCCACAAGCUGCAGCCAUUAAGUUGAUUUUACAUUCAGACCCAAAGGGCAGAGAGGAUUUUCUGCAGUAUUACGUUUACCUGACUCUGGAUGAUGACACAGCCUUUUCUGACCUCCAUGUGUGUGAAAAGAGCAGAUCAGUGAAACGGCCCGCGCUACAACAUUACCUGUCUGAAUGUCCAGAAAGAUUUAAUUCCUGGCCUCAGGUGUUGUGUACGGAGAGUGUGUGUGGACGCUGUUACUGGGAGGUGGAGUGGACCGGUGGUGUGUCCGUAUCCGUCACAUAUAAAGACAUCGGCAGGAAAGGAACAGGACAUGAGUGUUUGUUUGGUUACAACAGUCAGUCCUGGUGCUUGAUGUGUUCUGAUUCCCGUGCUAGUUUCAAACAUGACAAAAUCGACAAAAAUAUCAAAGGUGCACCGUCCUCCAGGAUAGGAGUGUAUGUGGAUCACAGUGCAGGAACUCUGUCCUUUUACAGCGUCUCUGACACCAUGAGGCUCCUCCACAGGGUCUGCACCACAUUCACUCAGCCUCUGUACGCUGGGUUCGGGUUGGGUUCUUCUAACUCAGCUCUGAGCCUGUGUGAUUCAGAAUGGUAUAUCUGUAAAAGUGUUUAGUAUAAUUAUGACUAUCAUAACAAUCUGCAACAAAAAUAUACUCCAUAUAAAGAAGCAUGAA